CUGAGGGACUGCUACUACUGCAACAGCUCAUCUUCAGAGACACAGGAGGCACAAGUCUGAAGAAAAGAAGGAGGAAGAAGACGGGCAAUGGGGUGCCGGUCCUGCGAGAAGCCGAAGAUGAACUACAGGAAGGGGCUGUGGUCUCCUGAGGAGGACGAGAGGCUGAGGGACUACAUCCUCAAGCAUGGCCUUGGCUGCUGGAGUGCUGUCCCUGCAAAGGCUGGUCUCCAGAGAAACGGCAAGAGCUGCCGUCUACGUUGGAUUAACUACUUGCGGCCUGGAUUGAAGCGUGGAAUGUUUUCUCAGGAGGAGGAAGACAUCGUCAUCAACCUGCAGGCCAAGCUGGGCAACAAGUGGUCUCAGAUUGCGAUGCAGCUGCCCGGGAGGACAGACAACGAGGUGAAGAACUACUGGAACUCCUACCUGAAGAAGAGGGUGAUGCAGGCACAGGGCGGCUCCAACCCCAAGAGCCCAGCUGAGCUAACCUCCAUGAGCACCACCGAGCCGUCCAUGCAUCAUCACAUCAAGAACAGCAGCGCCAGCACCGCUUCUUCCCAGGACCAAGACGCCAACAUCAGCAGCAACGGCGGCAGCCAUGCCCUCUCAUCUCUUGCGCUUGUCACCCAACAGCCGCCGUUCGAUCACCAGGCACGGCAGCAGUCCAAGAACUUCAUGUUCUCCAACUGGAUGCCGGCGGCCGCCGGGCCGGAGAGCUACCCGGUGUCCGCGCACUGGCCCGCCUCGACGGCAAGCUCCGGCAACGUGACGCCGUCGCACGGCGGCGCGUUCGGGGACCAGAUGAGCGGCAGCUACGGCGCGCUGCCGCAGCACCAGGAUCAUCAUCAUGGCGCUGCCACCGGCAUUGCAGGAGGCGGGUACUUUGACCUGCUGAACAUGGGAGACAUCUAUGGUGGAUUCAGCUCAACGAAUGAUGAUUUGCUCUUCUGAACUUAUGCUGUGGGAGGUGUAAUUGAUCAGUGUUAAUGUUGCGCAUCAGUGUAAGCAUGAAAUGCUGCGGUAUACUUAUUUCGAUUUCGUUCUUCUUCUUUUGUAAGAAUUAAUUGUGAUGUAGAGAACACACCCUUAGGCUGGACGUAAUUCUUUGGUUAUUUCUACAAUAAAAAGCGUAUCGAUUUGUUUGUGCAAGUGUAAAUGUGAGUUAGUCUAUGCUUCUGAAAAGCUGUCCGAUGUAACAAAGCCAUGAUUCGAUUGCUUUUGAAAAGUUCCG